UAAAUUACAGUAGGUCUAAUAACUAUUUCCUGAUUGCUAAUAAUAUCAGAGCCUGUGGUGACUAAAUACCGUUGAUCAACGCUGACCUCCUCACAGAGAAGUCGUGAACCAGGAAGACAUCACCCAGAACAGACUUCCUCCGCUUUCGAGGAAUUACGCAAAGUGAAGCAUGUCCACAAACAUGCCUCCGGGCAGCCUGAAUCUGGAGUCGCAGCUUUUGUCCAUCAUGGACGUGCUGGUGAAAGCGGCCGUGUCGGAAAUCACGCAGCUCUUCUCGGAGAGCUCGACGUCUAUCCGCCUGCAUCUAACCCAGAGCCUGAAGGAAAACGAAGCCCUGAGGAUGAGGAUGAAGGUGAUGAGGAGCGAGCUCUUCUCCCUUCGCCUACAGACCAGGACAAACCGACCGGCCAGCCGCUUUUCUCCUGUCAGAGCAAAUAUCACCAAACCACGACCCAGAGCACAAGUUCUGCCUAAGCCGCCAGUUGCUCAAAAGACUGUUGUGGAAACCUCAUCAAUCACUCUGCAGUCAGAAAACAACUCCUCCUCUGCCACUCAAGUGCAGUGUGCAGAUGUGGAGAGUCCAGAUGUCAUUCUGAUCAAAGAUGAAGAUGAUAUUGGAGGAUGUGGGCCGGAUGUUGGUAAGGAUGACUUUGGAAACCACAGUAUGCAGGGUGGCGUCGCCACAGGGACCCAGAGUUUAGAGCCAGCUGUUUCCUCCUGCUCUGCGGGCGGUAACGAGGAACUGAGAAUCGUGAGCGUUCACGGCCGGGGAGAAGGGCCCCUGCAGGAGGAGAGCGACACCCUCUUCUCUGCGUCUGAACUCCAGGCUUUUAGCUCUCUGUCGGACCACAACGUCGCCCACGACAGUCUCCUGAACUUCACCGCCGGUACGAACGACAGAGCACAGAUGAGAGCGAUGCAGGAUAAUGGUGUGGGACUGGCGAGAAACAACUCGCUUGAAAGAAACCAGUCUGCAUUGAAUCCUGUGUUAAAAUCACCGGUAGUGGGAGGAGGUGACGGUCAAAUGGGGCACCCCAGCCACAUCAACGUCUUCCCUCACGGCGUCAACAAAUCCCUGGACUGCAGCUUCUGUGGCAAGCGCUUCCUGAACCGCGAAGACCUGAUCGUGCACCGCGCAAGCCACACCGGGGAGUCGCCGGUCACUUGCUCCCUGUGCUGCAAGUCCUUCGUCAACAAGACCACACUGAGCAUCCACAUGCGCAUUCACACCGGGGAGAAGCCGUACGCCUGCCCGCAGUGCGGCAAGCGCUUCACGCAGAACGGCAGCCUGAAGAUCCACCUGAGGACUCACUCCGGAGAGAAGCCGUACACCUGCAAUCAGUGCACCGCCAGCUUCAACAACCCCAGCAACCUGCGCAGGCACAUGAUCACGCACACGAACGGGACGCUCUGACCAUGACUGGCCCAGAGAUCUCACAGGUUUUCCAGCGCGUCACUCGACGAGUGUGACGGCGUACAUCCCGACAACUUCCCAGUGAAAACGAGUGAAGACGAGCGAGCGCUUGCUUUCGUUUUAAUCCUAGGAGAACCAGCAAUAGGAAAACAACCUUGAAAUAUAAAAGGCCUUUUUUAUACGUGCUCUUCAGCCGAAGUGAAAAACUGAAAACGUCCGCUUAAGUGCAUCUUUUAAGGUUCAUAGAACUUUCUUAUUGUUCUGACAACGAAUAACUCUGCAUUUUCCAACUGUGUUGCAGCAUCCAAAGUGUCACUUGUUACAGAAGGAAACCUGUGCAUGCCAGAGUGCCACGCUCCCACCUGCAUUACAGUGUGCUCACCAGGAGGUUCGGAUAUUAAAAUAAGAGCGGCAAUGAGUUGAACAGGAAACAUAACACACUUGGUGGGAGAUAGAGAUUAAAUCUUGUGAAGUCUCCCAUUUCAUUAGGGGAUGUCAUUACAUGUUGUGAUUUUUGAAUUUUGUUUUUCUUGACUUUUCCAGUGAAUUUAAUGCCUGAUGUCAGUUACAUAUCACGAAGCAGUCAAACCCAUUUAUUUGCCCUCAGUGGCCCAAGACUUCUUAAUAUAUAUAUCGCUAUUUAUUCAGCUUCUGUUUUAUUUGAAUAUAUAUUUUCAUAUUACCCAACUCCAGAUAGAGUACUGAUUUAAAUGUGUUUUUGACAUCCGAUUUUACUAAAACAGUUUCAGACAUGAGUUUUUAUCAGUCCGAACAUUACAGUAAGUGCAGCUUGUUCUCCAUAUACUGCGUAACGCCUGAACUAUGGCCAUUUCUGCCUCCUUGUUUUGAACUUUUUACGCGUACAUUUGAUUUAAAAACCGACUACCUCUGAUGUUGUCUCUGUUGCAGCUCUCCUUUUUUUUGUACGUCCCAGAUAGCUUCAGACAGGGCAAUAAUCAAUAGUGUGGAUUCUGUCUGUGGAUUUGUAAUCUGGAUAUGCAGUUAUGAAUAAAUAUAGAUUUUUUUAAAAACGCA